AUGGAACGGCAGAAGAUUUACAAAGCCAAAUUGGUCAGCCGUCAUAAAUUCGAAUUUUUCACUUAUAUGGAGAAAAAGAUGCUAGUGUUGGUAACAAAUAAGAAGAAUGUAAACGGGUCACUCAAUACCCCAUGUUAUGUUAAGAAGACUAGCGGAACUCAAUGCUUUACCAGUUACAUGAACAACAUGGCCACUCUUCGACAACCGGACAAAGCAGAACAGAUAGCCCUUCAGAAGCAACCAAACACCUUCAUCAGAAGAAGUUGUCAGCAUUUGCGCAAGCCUGUCACAGACCACUCUGAAUACCAGCUUCCUGAAUUCGAUGGGAUAGCGAACAUAAUUGGCAUGUUCGGACGGGAAUUGGCCGUUGUCUCUAGCCAGGACGAUUCCAUGAUAGUGUACCAGCUCGAGUUUUUCUGGCGACAGACGUCUCUUGCAGACGUCGACCUUCACGCCCUUCUUGCAGCGGCAGAUCGCACUAAAUUUCAUGUGAUCGCAUUACAAGAAAGAAGAAUCAAGAAGACCGACAUACGCCAACUAAACAACGAGACGCUUGUGAUCCGCGGUGAAAAGGUCCCGUCACGAAAUGUCGCUGGCNGAUACUUGAAUGCUUCGUCCUCACUGAUUGUGCAAGCUCCAGCAUAA